UAAUUCUUGUGUUCGACUCCAGCAAUCAAGUGAAAAUUCUUGAUGUACAUUCUGGAGUUAUUUUACAGACUUACAAAUUGGGCGGAAAUGGUAAAAAAUAUACUAGAAACAAAAGUUUACAAAAAUAAGUGGAAGUUAAAAAAGCUAGAGGUACUGAUUAAUGUUAGAAACAAUAAAAGUGUAGGAGGGAAAAAGGCAAAAAUAUCUCAGAGCGUCAGAGUAUUAGUGCGCAGUUAGUUUUAGGUAUAACUUUCCGCUUUAAAAUCGUGUCAAAAGCUAAUGUUGGUUUUUUUAUAUGAACCAAUUUUGUGUUUAUGUUUACUAUCCAAAGGGAAGAUUUUGUGACAAGCUCAGUGACAUGGAGUAUGUAACUGUAACUGGAUGUCGAUAGAAACGUGCUAGGAAAGUACAUGCCCCUACAGGAGAAAGUGCUUCUUUGGGAUGGACAGGUUUUGGGCCUUCGUGGGGAUUACAACGGUGUGUUACUAUUGGACACAAUUCUUCAGCCACCUAUUUUACAAAAUGAUGAUCUUAUCAAGUUGGAGUUACUUCUAUCUGAGGCAGUCAUCUUCCAAACAUGUCUCAAAGAUCUCGAACAUGAAGGAUUGGAGUGCCCUAGUGACGUUAUUAAUGAACUAUUGGAGAAGAUAAAAAAUGCACAAGCGAAUGCUAAAAAGGGUAUAAAAGCACAAAGGUGGAACACAAUUUGUCUGGAAGUGUCAUAUUCUAGCCUAAAAUUAGUCGCAAACAAUGUGGUUAUCAUGUUGAAACGAUUGGAGCGUCACAUUCCCGCCUUAGCUAUAGCGUCAGCUAUAAAUGAACGACUCACUGAUCUGCUCGCCGGCUCGCGUAUUCCGGACUUGAGUUGGCACGGCAGCAACUUUCAGCGCGUUCUUAUGCAUUCAGAGGCCGUGCGCAGACAGACAUUUGAAAAGUGGCCACACAUGGACUACAAGUGGGCUUUACCCGAUCAGAUGGCGCAAGCAGGCUUCUAUCAUCAACCAUCAUCAUCUGGGGAGGAUAGAGCAAUGUGUUUCACCUGUAGUGUUUGUCUCGUUUGUUGGGAGAAAACUGAUGAACCAUGGAGCGAACACGAACGCCACUCUCCUAUGUGUCCUUUCGUCAAGGGCGAGUACACACAAAACGUUCCAUUGUCUGUGACAUAUGCGACAAAUCCAGCUGUUCCUGCGCCAGGUCUCGGGUUUGAUGUCGUCUCCAACAGUGAUUAUUCGAACGUAUUAUGUACAAGCUGCACACAGUCGGGAGAGAUUACUGUUUGGAGCAUUGAACGGCAUCUUAAAAAGAUGCAUUCAUUCAAUAUUGCUACACUAAUGAAAGAUAUCUGCGACGAGGGGUAUGAGUGGGCACGUGUGACGGCAAUUUGUGUACUGCCAAAUGCGCGUGCUCAGUACAAAAUAAACGCAAUGUCUGCAACCCUGGUUAGUGGACAAGGCAGCGGAAGUUCCAGCGGAGUAGCGACCAGCAAUUUUGUUGGAAGUACUUCAGGACAAUGUUCAUCCACGUCGACUCUUCGCGCCGGUGUCGUGGGUUCAAAGAUAGUAUUAGGAAUGAGUAUCCGACAAAACACCGGGGAAUACUUACUGCGUAUGGUGGUCCUAAACAUCAUAGAAAGUGAUCGUGCUCAAGAAAAUACCGGCGUUGGGGUUAUUGGUACUGGGUAUGGAAGUGGUCAUUCAAUUAAUAAUGGCAAAAGCAGCACAGCUGCUAAUGGCGAUAGUGGUGGAGGAGGUGGUGAUAGCAACAAUAGUGAAAAGCUAUGUAACAAAUAUGACCAAAGAGACGAUGAUAACAAAUCACUUUCUUCUGUUUUGGAAAAAUACGCAGAUGGAUUCGAUAGCAACGGAUUUGUAUCCGAAUUAAUUGCCCUAAAAAAAAGUGACUGCGUUAUUGGAGAUAAAUCCGAGACGUCGGCUCUGCACGAUCUCCUUGAAAAUGAACUUGAAAAUGAACUUAUUAAAAUGGACCAACUCGGUCAUUUGAGUAAUUUUUCUCAAUUAUUAGAAAAAUCACAUGACGCAGGAUCUGAACUUGGCGUCGGUGUAGGAGUCGACGGUACAGUUUCAUUGAAUUCAAACGAAAUUGAAAUGGAUACCAACUAUUUUAAGGAGAAAAUAUUAGCUGCGGCACAAGCAGCUCAACAAAAUCAUAAUAAUAACAAUGAUAAUGCUAAUAACAACAAUAACGGCAAUGUGAAUGGCGGGACAGUUAUACAGAAGGUAACCGUUAAUGAUGAUAUUGACUGCGUAGUUGAAAGUUGCACGAGUGUACGGCGUAUGAAUGCGCUUGUUUCGGAUAACGAAGCAAAUAGUGGUGGCGGCGGAAGUAUUUCUAGUGGACGCCGUGAAGUUAUUGAAAUUGCUGAGAUUUUGCCAACCAAUGACAAAUGCAAUCAACUGCUCGUAAAAUUGGUUAAGACAAAAGUGCGUAAUGAAGCAGCGAGUAAGAUAAUAAUGGCAACUGUCGACAUGGAUUUGGAUGAUGAACGUAUGGAGGAUCAUGUUGAUUUCAAUUCCGACGCAGUAACUGCCCAGCUUUUACUUUUUGACAUCGAUUCUACAAUUUCAAAUGAAUACACUUUGGCAGUCACAUUUAGUCGAGCGAAAUGUCCCCAACAAUUGUGUAUUUUGCCCAGUUUUCAUGUAGCCGACUAUGAACAAAAAGAUUUGCACAUAGAUCCAGGGGCGCUUUGUGUCGUAUGCGCUGAUGGGAGCAUGGAAAUUUACUCGCUAACAGACUUUCAGCCAAUUACAGUUGUUGAAGAGGACGGCGAACAGUUUGUAUCAGUAGCUUACUGUCGAAGCUUGGACCGAUUAUGUGGAUGUACACGUAAUGGCUCUUUAAUAUUUUAUUCCUUGAAUGACGCCGAAAACGAAUCUGGCGAUGAAAUGUUGGAAAUGGAAGAGGAUUGCAAUGCAGUCUUGGCAGCGUCUUCGGCUCCUAUAUCUGGUGGAAAUAUCUUUUCUAACAUAGGCGGGUGCUCUGGCAAUUCGAUCCCGGGGGGUACAUCGGUUACGGUGCCGGAUGGCGUUAGCAGAAAUGUUGGUGGAGCUACUGCGUCAGCGACGACUAAUUCAGUUUCUGUUAGAGCUGGGGAGUUGACCAUUGACAAGCAAUCAUUAAGUAACACAUCAUUAUUGCCUGUACCCAAUAUCAAAGUAGACUGCAGUGGACAAGGAUGCAGCAGCAGUCCUAGUGGCUAUGGUAUUAUUAAUAAUUGCAAUUUUUCACAGUCAUCACCAUCCCCGUCAUCGUCAUCGAUUAACGCGGUUGCGGCUUCGAAUUUUUUGGCAUAUAAAACAAAUUAUUUUUCGCUGGAUGAUCUGCGCACGCUUUAUGAACUCACACAGUUCGACGAUGUAUUGGCUUUGUAUACCGCUGAAGUGCCCAGUUGCUGGAAUGACUUGGUGCAGGCACAAAAACAGCGAAAGCAACCACAACACUUGCGACACGGCGAUGACACACAAUUCACAAAAACGUGGCGCCUGCAUAACGAUGCUACCACAUGGGAUGAACAUAUUAUCGAAUUGAACCUCGUGCAACCUGUGAGCUUGGGCCAUAUUGAUUUCAAAUUUUCGUUGUAUCAGCAGUGUCAUAAUCCUGCUGCAAUUCAAGUAACAUUAUUGAAACAGAACACCAGCGGGUUCGGCUAUCGUAUGAAAGGUCCCCAUCUCAAUUACAAACAAACAACAAUGGAUGAGAACAUAGAUUUAACUUUUAAUAACUAUGAUGGUACAAACGAAAACCCUGUAUUGAACGACGAGUAUUUACAGACUCACAAUGCUGAAAUUCUCGCUGGUCCCAUUGAACUGUCCUCAUGCAUCGAUCUUUGCGACCAAGGUGGUACAGUCACAUUGACUUCACCUAAACUAUUUAAGACUCGUACUCGCAAUUUCUUGCUGCACAUUAAAACUAUGUCUGAUCCUGCUAAAGAGGGCCAAAGUAAGACUCGAGUUCCUGUGCGAAAGGGUGGAAUAAUGCGUUUGCCUUUAUCAUCAUCAUUUGGCGGCAGUACAACAAAUAAUUUUAUAACAAAUAAUACCUCAAGUUCCAAUGCUUCCGCCUCCACAAAUUCGUUUCUGCCAAGCUCAUCAAAAUCACGUUCUGAUUUUUACAUUGGCUGUGAUUGGUUACACGAGAUUUCCAUUAACGUGCGUGGUGUGAAACCCCAAAAUCGCAUUCCCAAUGAACGACUUCAGCGCAUUGCGAUGCUCGAGAGCAAUAUAUUACUCGAUAACCUAUUUAAGAUCGCGAGCAGUGCAGAUUCAGCAACGUUAGAAAAAAAUCUUGCCUUGGAUGUUCUUAUAUGGAUUUGCUUUAUAAGAUUAAAUCGUUUCCGUUCGCCCAAAUCUGAACGCAUUAAAACACAAAUAAACAAAAGCACUGCUUCCACGAAUACGGAUUUGAUGGCACAGCAGUUUGAAUGUAUUUGUGUGUCGGAAAAGUAUCUUGAAAAUAUGCUGAGAAACUGCAUUAUACACAGCAAUCGCACUAUGGCACACAAAUGUGUGAAACUUAUCCUGAUACUAACUGAUGGCAUAUGCAGUUUGCCUGUUGAGGUGCAAUCACAUUCCACACUGGACGUUGCUAUUAAGGACGCUGUAGCUAAUACAUUUAAUGAAUUACCACGUGCCAAAUUUGCUAGCGUUGUGCGUUGGUAUGCGAUGCUGGCUUGUGCGACAUCGACUUUAGAGUCACACAAUGGUAUUUCGGAAUUGUGCGUAAAGUUGUUGGCCGAAAUCACACGGGAAAUCGAUGGACGCUGGGAUCCGUAUUGUUCUUUGCUUAGUACAAGAUUUGGUCUUUAUGGGUUUCCUUUUGAACCAGAAAUAUUCGAUUACGAUUUGCCAAAUGUAAAUAAAAGCAACGUAACACUGCCAACGUCGCUAAUGAAUAUGAUUCGUUCGAAUGCAGGACUUAUGCAAGCGGCGGGUUUAGAUAUAAAGAAGCUUUGUUCCAUCGAUGGUGUAGAUUUUCGUACAUUCCCUCAUUUGAUAAAAUGCAAGAGUGUAAGCAACCAAUUGCGUGGCCUAUUGGAGGUGGAACAAUUACAUUUUACAUGUGCUUCGACGUCAGAAGCAACACGUAUCGAUAACAUGGACACGGUGUCGGCAAGUAGUUCAUCAAAUAUUAACAUGGAGGAGUUGAUAGUCGCACCGAUGGUCGACAUGCCAAAAGAACAAGAAAGUUACAAUGUUAACGAUAUUGUAUACAGUGUGGAUAAACAAACGAAAAUAGUGAAUUCCAAAAAAACGGAAAAUGAUGUGGUGAUAGCUGAAGUCCUUAAACCAAAUGGGAUAUGUACUUUUGAUCCAACAAAUGUCGCAAUGAUAGAUGACAAAAUAAAGUUCAAGUGUAUGCCGUUUUUGCCAAAGUUUAAAGCCAUUUGUCAAUACAUCGAGUAUUGUGAUGAGAGUUUGCAAACAUCGUCUGCCAACAACAAUAGCAGCAGUAAUUCAAUUAAUGUUACUGCUCUCCCGAAUUCAAGUCUUCUGGAUAACACGGAUCCAAAAAUUAACGAAGCCAGUGCCAAGGCUAUAACAAUGGCAAAGCAAAUAAUUUAUGAAGCUGCACAGCAAGAGGAACAAUUACAAAAGGAACAACACCAAAAACAACAACAACAAGACCAAUUGAAAACUCAACCGUCACAGACUGAGCAUCAGCCACAGCAAAAACAUCCACUCUCGGACCAAAACGAUAAACAUCAGAACACAAAUGCUUAUAAUACUAAUACUAUCACUGGGAACGACAACUCAAAUGCCGUCGCCACAAAUAUAUUUGCUUGGCAUAAAUUGCUAGCACCUCCGCCGAAACAAAUGGUGGUCAUUGAUCGUAUGCAUUCAGGCGCUCGUCGUUUUGUGGUUUUGGACUUCGGUUCGCCUAUAUUGCUAUCGGAUUUGGUUAUACCCGCUUGCGAUGAGCUAGCCUCACUUCACAUAGAUAUAUGGUGCUUUGAUGAGGAGGCCGAUAGUGUACGCCUGGUAGUCGCAUCUGACAUCAGUACUAAAACUUUAGUCCUUAGCGAUCUUCAACCGCCUCCAAUUUGUCGCUAUAUGAAAAUUACUAUAAUAGGACGCAUCGGUAUGUCGGCUACAAAAUGCAAAAUUCCAAUUGGUUCGUUUUACGGACAUGCCGUGGUAUUGGAACAGGAUGGUUAUGGUGAUUCCCUGCUGCGUUUUAUGAAACAACCACCACAAAAUAUACAAGCGCAGAUUAAGGCGCUUAUGUCACUGUAUGAAGAUGUACAUUGUCGAUAUAGUUUAGCUAGUUGUAAGCUAAUAGAGUUGCUCACACCAAUUUUAAAUUGCGAAAUGUCAAACGUUGCACAUAUGCAAGCGUUCAUACACAAACAACGGGAAGAGGAUGCGAAUACAGUGGAUAACAGUAAAGUUGUAACUAUUUAUGAGGAAUGCAUUUUAUUGCAACAUCAAAUUAAUGUUAUACGCAAUGUGAUUGGUCGUUUGGAGAAUUCUUUGCUACCCCUAAAUUUAAAUUAUGCCUCUACAGCAGGUCCUGCAGGUUCAUUUGGGGAUGCUAGUCUAAAAAAUGUGUUGCAACUUGCAUCACGUGACAAAUUGCGAGUUUUGGGUCAAAGUUUAGUGGAAAUUUUAUUGCAUUUCUCCAUAGAGUAUGGCAUAAAGAAUAUUCUACCUGUUCAUCAACUAUUUACAAUGGAUGUGGCAAACAUGCUUUUCAAUUCAUUGGUCGUUUACGGCGAUGCGCACAUCCAAUUAGCGACUUGUUCCCUACUAGUGCGUAUGUGCUGUUUCCAAAGUUGGUGGGGUGACUUUUUGGCCGACAUCUUCUGCAACUUGUUCUCGUCUCAGAACAGCAAAGUAUUUCCACAAGACCGCAUAUUUUUCUUAUUAACAUAUUUGGGCAGACGCAGUAUUGCGAUGGGAACCUGUCGCUCGAUUGUUAUCGACGCUGUGCUAAAAACCUUGGCCAAACUAUUGGCACCGAUUUCACCCCGUUACCAAGAAAGACAGGCAGCAGGAUCACGAAUGGAAGAAUCUGAUGGUGGUGGUGAUGCCGGCUCAGGUGGCUUAUGGGCCAAAUCAGAUCUGCAGUUAAUCACAUGGCUGUUGCUAUUUUUAUCAGUGUGCUUAGAUGACAGUAAUGAGCGGAAAGACAAAUCUUCGAGCCGAUGGGAUUUCAUGAGUUGUGAAACAGAUUUCACAAAAACUCGCACACAAACAUCAAAUACAUCUGGAAAACAAUUGCGCUGCUUUAAGAAACGUAUCGUGCAACAGAAUAAAUAUAGUGUUCAGCCGUAUACCGACUGGGGCAAAAAGAUCUUUAUGAUACAAAAUGAGCAUCCUGGCAUCUUUAUGGAAAUGACUGGCAAGCCGAAACCCAGCAAAACCAGUAAGACAAAUAUAACGCCAAAGGCAACCAAGGAAAGCAAUCAAGAGCCUGAAAACAAUUUUGACAAAGGCCUAAAAACAAUACGUUUAAAUAACAUUUUAAUUGUGAUUCGCGGUCUAAUCGCAUUGCUGUUGGAAAUGGAUUUUACGUGCAACAUGGAUCAAUCCCUCUUAACGUGUAAAGUCAUAGCACGUCUUGUGUCCGCGUGUCGUCCUGCUGUUCAGCUCUCGAAAAUCAUUACAACAGCGCAGCUAGAGCAACUUAUUCGCCUCGCGGUUUGGAAUGACCAACAACAACCAUGGGCCGUUCAUGCGAUUACCUGUUUACUACAGGACCUACUUGACGCCGAUAAGCACUUUAAAGAUAAUGACACUGUGCCUACUACUACGGAAGGCGUACGACCGAUGGAGGGUAUACAAGAAACAAAGGAUUUAUUUUCGGAUUACUCACAUUAUAUAUCACAGGCCAUGAAUUCACAGCUGCAAGCGGCUGCAAACGAUAUGCAAUAUCCUGAUGGUGUGAAAUAUUCCUAUCUGCCUUCCCUUAUUGAAUGCGAGGAUACCGAAUUCGAUGAUAUAUUAAACGACAUUGACAUUAUUGCGUGUUCAAAAAAUGUGACCAAGAAGGAUAGCAACGCCAUUAAUAAAAACACGUUCAAUUUUUUUUGUAAAUCAAUAUCCAGUGCUAUGGACGCCCGGUUGGACGUUGGCCUCGAUAUUAAUGUGGAAAUUCAGCUACGCCGUUUAACGAUGGUUUCAUCUUUGGAUAUGUAUUCAUCGCUACCACAAAUAUUGGCCAACGAAUUUAUUACCACUCCGCCAGAAACGACAGUUUGGCCGGAUUAUAUAACCGAUAUUUGGUCUAGUCCAGAGUACAGUUGUGGUCUAAACACUUAUAAAAUGUUUAAAAAUGUCUUUGACUGUAUUUUCGCACACCUACACUUACAAGACACUUGGGUACAUUUGGAGCAAGUAUUACAAAUGUGGCUGACUUUGAAUGGCGAACUGUCUGACAAACCUUAUAAUGCUGGUAUCACACAGACAGAUAUACCCAAGAUACCGUUUGGAGCACAUGCCGUGCAAGGGCUUUUACUCGCACUGGCUUGGCAUAACGAUAUUAAACUUCGUACUUGGUGCCUCGGAUUUCAGUGCCUAUUUUUGGCAUGCAAUUCUCAGGCUUUGGGCGAUGAUGACAUCGAUUCGACACGAAUCAACGAAGUGAUCGUGAACGAUGAAAAUUUUGAAAAAAUGCUUCUUCGUUUCUUUUCCGGUUAUGGCAUGAGUUCAUCGAUCAUCACGAAUCGCUGUGCUGGCCCGACAAUUUGCAAACAUUUACAUGAACUACUGAUGUGGUUGCACAAAAAAAGUGAGAGCAGUGGCUUGGCGGUAGCUUCAAACAGACGGAAAUUAAAGGACACUUUAUUGCAUGUAAUAUUGCAGCUGGUGCAGCCGGGAGGUGCGAUCGCUAAUCAGCAAGGGCCAAUUGAUGCCCAAAGUCAAUUGGUGCGAGAUUUACUUCUGAUGCCUACUGACAAGCCUGACUUGAAUGUUGCGUUGAAUAUAAUCGAAAGUGUUUCGUUUUUGGUGUACAACAACAUAUCGAAUGGCGAUAAACUACAAUGUCAACGCUCAUCUGAUUGCAAUAACGCGACCAGUACUUUUAGUAAUCUGUUCGCGAAUGUUCUUGGUUCAGAGAACUCGAAGCAAAAUACCACACUCUCGGAUAAUUCUCUGAUUAUCAGCUUACUGAAACUUUCAUCGUCUUUGGCGGAAACAGAGCUACCACGACAGCCAAGCGAGGUUACUAUUCCAGAAGAUGAGGAGCUUUCUAAUGAAAGUCAAACAGAUGAAACUAAGGCUGAGCAAUUAAAUAUUGAAGGACAUCGUUCAAAGGCUCCAUGUAUAGCUGAUACUGUGAUGCGACAUUUUCCUACUAUGAAGCGGUUAUUGGGUUCACUAUCGCACUGCUCGAGCUCAUCUUUCACGAUAAUGGCUUCAUCGUCGAACUUUUUGCUAGAUGAGCCUCAAAGCACUGCAGACGCGGUUUUUAAUUUACUCAUUACGCUAUACGAUAAAGCAUCGAAUGCUCGGCUAAUAGUUGCACCAAUUUGCCAAUAUUUAGAAGCAAGCACUAUUCAGCGCAAUUCGUUGCCUCGGUUGCAGUUAUCCGAGCCAUUUUUGUGGUAUAUUUCGAAAGUGUUAGAGGCUUCUAUAGCGGUGCAUAUUUUCACUCAGAUGGGCGGCAUAAAAAUAAUUUGCCAAAACUUAGUGCGACUAAAUAAAAUUCUAAUAAAUAUGCAACCCGGAUUGAUUUCUCUCAUUAUGCAGCACCUUACGAAGAAUACAAAAUUAAAACUACAUUCACACGCAUGUGUAAAUGGAAACGGCAAAAAAACAUCUUCGUCAUCCAGUUCUGCGCAUGGUCAGCGUCAUUUCCAAGACGGACUCAUUAAUUUCGCGCCAUUUUGCACCAUAUCCGCCGAACAUGAUACGGCACAUUCAGCAGAUAUUUUAAUUAUGAAUCCCGUCGCAUCGCAUAGACGACCGCGCACGCCUGCCUGGAGUUAUAUGUUUUAUCCAAAUGAAUCGCAUGUCGAUUUGACAAUUACACUGCCAACGGCCAUACUGUUGAAGGAAGUACAAUUGCAGCCACAUGCGCCGACAUUGGCUUCUUGCCCUUUCGCCGUCGCUUUGGAGAUCUCACGAGACUACGGUUUGGGUCCGAUUCCAGUUGGCCCACCGCUCACAACUACGGGCAUGACAUGCAUCCGAUUGAAGUUGGCUAAGCCGGAAAUAGCCACAAGUGUUGUAUUGCGUUUAUACAGACCGAAAGAUAGCUCCAACAUUGGUUUGUCGCAAAUUGCAAUCUUGGGUAAUACAAUAUUUGCAUUCAAUUCUAACUCGUUGAUUAGCAGCUCUAGUGGAACUAGCGGUGUUGGCGUCGGUGUUUCGGGUAGCGGUAUUUUUAAUUUUGAGCAAAGCAGUGAUGAGGACACAUUCGCGAAGACUAGUGUUGGUUGGAUGCGUAUACUGGCUCGCUGCUUCCAAGCGCCGGCCAUUAUUUACGAUGAAAAAUUGGCUGCAGAUGUGAUUGGUGCAUCAGCGGUCUACCCAGGUUUCUUAGAAGCCUGUUGCUCCUUAAUGAAUAUUAUGCCAAUGAUACCAAAUGCUGCGUUACAAAAUUUGCAUACUGUUUUGCUAAAAUUGGGUGGAUACAAUCGUAAUUUGUGCCUAUCAAUAAUUCGCAUUUUGCUCUGGGGUACAACCCCUCAAACAUACAAGCUUUCAAAUGAGAGUAUCUGCAAUUUACUUUAUGAGUUGGCAACAACUAGGGAUGAGUAUACGGUGGACAAGAUUCAGGUUUUGCUUGAGUGGAUCGUAAAGCUCCGUCAUAAUUUCAGUAAUCGCACAUUGCGCUGCAAUAAUCCCCAAAGUGGAUUUGUCAAAUGCGUGGCAUCGAUUUUAUGGUCAAUUUACACGGAAGGACAUGUAUCGAAUUUGCAAGAAUUAAUAACCGACGACAUCUUUGAAGCCUGUAUGCACUGGAUUGACACGCUUGAGAACGAAGAACCGCUAAAAGUGGCCUUCGACUCCUUGCUAUGCUCACUGUGUUGUAUCAAACCUGAACUUUUUAACCAACUGCUCACUAAAGUCAACGUCAAAGUACAACAAACUCAUGAAAUGGACGCCAGCAGUACCAGUUUGAAUAGUGAUGGCGCUUCACAAGUAACCGCUGGCGACGCAGGCAUAAGCGUUGGUUUAACCGAUGAUAAUAAAGGCCAAAGUGGAAGCGCAUGGUUUGCUAGCGUUGCUGCAGCUAAUUUAACCACACUUUUGCAGCGGCCGGCAUACUUGACAACUUUAGCGAUGUCGUGCCAAUCUUCAUCUGCAGUUUAUCAAUUAGUUGAUUCUGGUCUGCCGAAAUUGUUGGCAUAUUCUUUAUAUGAAUACUGUAGUGCUUUGUUACCCGAGGUAAAACGAUCUGCUCCUGCAUCGGCCAACGUAAUUAAUUCAGCGCAGGUACGGAACUCUGCACCUACAACGACUGGAGUUAUAACGUCAGUGCAAUCUUCAGGCACCUCAAGUACAUGUCUAACCGAUGCUGACAAAGCUGAAUGCAUUGAUGACAACACUGCAUUGAUGAAUGAUGCAAUCCAACCACUACUCAGUUGUGCGCAUGUCCCGAAAGUGUUGGAUUUCUUUUCGGAAUGUUGUGCUGAGGGAUAUAUGAGAGACUGGCUGGGAACGCAGCAGGGCGCUAUCUUUUGGAAGCCGUUGUUGGAGUUGCUGUGUAAUUAUCGCCCAUUGGAGUAUACCGGUGAGGAACCAAUGCAACAGGCAUUCAUACGUAUGGAACGGGCCACGAUAAACUUUUUCACGCGCGUUAGUGCUUGCCAUCCGAAAAAUCAAGAUACUUUGACGACAUUGCUUAUAUCCGUAAUACGUAAGCCUAUGCAGGGAUCGAUGAGCGGCAAGGCGACUAUUUCUGGUUUUACGAGACAAAUCGUUUUACAAUUGUUGCUGGAGAAUGAAAGAAUUCUGGUAUCAGUACGCAGCAAACAGCCAUUACAAAAACGCGAUUCAUCCGUGCUGUCAUUGGCCGCGACAGCGAGUAAUGCUUCCAAUAGCAGUGUGUCAAUGUCAUUGGUAAACCAUCAUCCAUCUAAACGUAUUAAUGCUCAUCAUUUGCUGUUUAGUGUGAGUGCGAACACAAAAUGCCAAGAGAUACUACAAAACUGUGUUUCAGUAUACAGUACUAUAUUUUCUUCAAUGCAAGCAGAAACGCGAACAACAGAGAGCGGCAGCACACCAGGUGGUACUGGGAAUAUUUCAAGUGCCAACAAUAGUGAAUUAAGUAGUAAGCAUGAGAACGAAAAGCCGAACAAUGAUGUAUACGGUGGCAUUUCACUGAAUUUCAAUGGCUUGGAGAAUGGUUUGGAGAACGGUAUGGAGUUUUUAAGCGUUGCGGCUGGCGUCACCGCAAAGGAUAAACGUAUUAAAGAUGUGAAAAACCAAGCUGCAGCGAACAAGGAAAACAAAGACCUGUUUCCAAAUUUUCCAAAGUUCUUUAGCAUCGAAGACUUUUUAACACCAUCAAAUGGUUCCAGCAUUAUCAAUUGCUCUCAACUCGUUCUACCCGACUGCCCGGAAAUACAGCUUUCAAGCGAUACAACCAUAGCACAAAUACUUGCGGCUCUACAUGGCAAGGGCCAUUCGCUAUCAACCCCAUGCAUUACCCUAAACUUGAUACCAGCUAAGACAGUGGAGGAAAAGGAGGAAUCUGGGAUUAAAGCUGCUGAUAUCGAGCCACUUCCAUCUCCGUUGCAACGCUUCUCUAGCCGAGGUGGCUUGUCACUGCUCGCACAAUAUUUGCCAACAGUUUACCCCGACAAUACCGGUCGCAGAACACCUACUACUUUGCCGGAGAAAGAGAAGAGCCCACCAAUGACCGACUGGGUUAAGCUGGAACCAAACGAUGAAAUAUACGAAGAUUUGGAAGAUCCAAUAACCGAACCAACAUCUAAAAACACUGCAAUCACUUCAGUUCCGCAGCAUUCCCUUGCAGCUUUUGGGCUUUUCCUGCGCUUACCACCAUAUUCUGAUGUACUGUUGCGUGACAAAGUGCGUGCACAGUGUCUACUACGACUAGUAUUAGGAGUUACGGGCGACGGCGAAGGAAAUGACAUAUAUAGUUUGUCGGUUGCACCAUCGCUUCCAACGUUACCCUUUGAGGUGUUCCGCCAAUUGUUGGACAACUCACCUCUCACUACCGAUGACGGUAUGCUACUAAGGCGAAUGGUCAUUGAAGUUGGCGCGAUGCAUUUAGUAUUGAACUGCUUGGGGGUGUUUACACACCAAUCACAAAACUAUCAAAUUACCAGCCCACAAAACGAGUGUAUUAGGACGACAACAAGUAGUAAUGCCGACGAAGCCUUGGGCACAUCUGAUGACAAGGGGCACAUGUACUGGGCUAAAGGUACUGGGUUCGGCACAGGUUCAACGGCACAGUCGUGGAAUGUGGAACAGGCAUUGCUGCGGCAAAAGAGCGAAGAAGAACAUGUAACAGUUCUAUUGCAAGUGCUCUGUAGUUAUAUAAAUCCUGGCGAUAAAAUACCUGCUGCUCUACAGUCCGACGAAAUAAUGGCAUAUCAUGAAAUAAGCGAAGUAUUCGGUGAAUUACCCGCAUUAUUUAUGGUUUUCUUACAACAGUCGUGUCUCAUUCCGGCAUUAAGUUCCUAUUUGCGAAAUGAUUCCGUAUUGGAUAUAACCAGACACAUUCCUUUAUAUCGCGCAAUCUUACAGUUGCUAAGAGCGUUGUCGCUUUCUCCGGAAUUAGUAUCAUUGCUGCAGCCAUCAGCAAAUAAUAGCGAAACUUCACCUGCGAUUGCCGAGCUGCUUUUGAAUAUGAAAACAUGCGUAGAUACAUAUGCAAAACGCUUGAAGGUGAAUAAAAAGUCCAAUAUAAAGGGGCAAACUCAGCAAGUGACCGUCAGUAUUGAUGACGGCGAUGACGAGGGACUUGCGUUGCUUAUACCCGAUAUUCAAGAGACUACGUGGUUGGUGCAAAAAACAACAAAUGCCGAUGCGUUAGCCAAUAAACAGCGCAUGGAUCGUGAAGCUGGUGGAAGUAGUAUUACAAAUAUUGAACGCACGCCCCAAAGUAAGUCAGUGGAGCAACGUUACUUGGAGGUUAUGAAAAAACUUCAGUUCGACACUGCGGAAAUGAUUGUGGAAGCAGAAAAUAAUGGCUUCCGUUUCGUCAUUUCACAUCAUUUUGAAAAGAUGGUGCGUAUGGCUGGUGAUCGUUAUCACCCAUCACGGGUGAAGCGCUUGGCUCAAGAGGCGGUUACGCUCUCUACAAGCUUGCCGUUGUCAUAUAGUAGUUCCGUCUUUGUACGCUGUGAUACCGAUAGACUGGAUAUUAUGAAAGUUCUGAUUACUGGACCAGCAGACACUCCAUAUGCGAAUGGAUGCUUUGAGUUUGAUGUUUUCUUUCCGCCUGAUUAUCCAAAUCUCCCGAUGAUGAUAAAUUUGGAAACAACCGGUCGGCAUUCGGUGCGCUUCAAUCCUAAUUUAUAUAACGAUGGCAAGGUCUGCUUAUCUGUGCUAAACACAUGGCAUGGUCGACCUGAAGAGAAAUGGAACGCACAGACUUCAAGUUUUUUGCAAGUUUUGGUGUCCAUUCAGUCUUUAAUUCUAGUGCCAGAACCAUACUUUAACGAGCCUGGAUUCGAGCGUAGUCGUGGCACACCCAGUGGAACCCACUCAUCUCGCGAAUACAAUAGUAACAUUUAUCAAGCUUGCGUACGAUGGGCAAUGUUGGAGCAGAUACGUAAUCCCAGCCCUUGCUUUAGAGAUGUAAUUCAUACCCAUUUUUGGCUCAAACGAGAUGAAAUAUGUUCGCAAAUCGAAAAUUGGAUCGAAGAGCUAAGCAAACCGCAAUACAGUGAGCGAAAUAGUCGUACUAUAUCUUUUAAUUCGAUGGUUUUGCGCCGCCAAUAUCGUCAUUUACGUGAAGAGCUUGCAAAAUUGAAAGUGCCCGAGGGUUUAAAAGAUCUCGACUCACCUUUCAACCCGAAUAUUAAUCUACCUGCAAUGACUGAGUCUACCAAUGCCACUAACGCAACUAACACCUUGACGACGACUGCGAUGGCUGUAGCAACGACAGCAGAUGGUAACACUGACAAGAAUGGUAAUGGGAACGACAACUCGAGUGAAAUUGAAAAUAAGAAUGUAAAUAUGAACAGUGACAGCAAUACAGUUGCCACACAAAUGACAGUACCAACACUUUCAAGCACAGAAGUGGGCAUUGAUGAGCAGCAAAAUAUUUCGAAUAAAAUGUCAAUGAAAACUCCCGAAUCUAUGUCUUCAACUGCAUCUAACGCACCUACGACAACAUAUAUUCGGAAAAGCGUACCGGUUUCCAUGUUGGUUGAAGUUAGUAAUGAAUUUGAUGAUAUGAGCGAUGCAACAAUCAUGAUGCCACCGCAGCCGCCAGUCCCAGCUCCGGUAACCGCCAAAGUUACUACUGUUGAGGUGGCGACCACACAGUCUGGGGUGGACGAUGACGAGAUGCAGAUUGACUCAAACGAAUACAACUACAAUACUGAUCUGGUGCAAUCGCUUUUUUUCGAUGAUGAUUCGCAGUUUGAAAAUUCCAAAUAGGGUGAUAUUAAUGAAGACUCGAUGAAUACAUGGCAGAUGUUAAAUCGCGAAUGAAAGCUCAGUGUAUGUGCUUUAUUUCAAAUCAAUUUUAAGUACGUGUGUGUUAUCCAAUUAUUUCCAAUAUUAUUAAUUUUAUUGAAUCAUUUUUUAUAAAAUCAAAAUAGAAGUCUUUUGUUAAUAUACAAUUGUGGGAUUUUCUCAAUUUGUUGCUAACAAAUGAA